GUUUUGCUGGUAUACCUGUACAUUAAAUAUACAUAUUAUGAAUCACCUGAACCCUACCAGUUUUAUUAACUACUUUUGCAUUCAUGUGGUAAGUUAUCAGGGUAGUCAUGCCAUUAAGUGUGCCAACAAAAGAUGACAACACUUUGCUCACUUUGAAAUCUCUCAUUCCACAUCGGAACAGUCAGCUAUGUGUAGCAAGAGAAUCAACAACUAUCUAAACUGACUGCUGGCUUUUCAAGAAAACAGUGAAAUUAUGUGAAGAAUCUGGAAGUGGAAAAGAUGAAUGUGGCAAGCCAUACAUGGAUGUACAGGAUUUUCUGGAGUCUUGUCUCAGGAAUCUAGGAGGAUCCUCAACCACAAAAGUCAAGGGGACUGGAUAAAGGUCAAUUUGGUUUUAUGCUUUCUUUGAUGGAAGUGCUGUUGAAAACCAUGAACUGUUUGACUGUUUUCCUACAUCCUUCAAGGAACCACACAUGUGCUGAUGACCUUUGCUGCUGUUAGCCACAACUACGUGGGAGGCUUGAGCAAAACCGUUUGCGUCUGAUCUCAAGCUGCUGUCUAAAACAACAAGUGCUCGAACUCUGAUACUUCCAGCAUCUUCUGCACAUCACAGCAGAUUUCUGAUGACUGCAAUAUCGCUUUACAGCACGUUACCCAUCAGAACCACAUCAAACAAUUGAAACUGGGGAAGAUUUGCUCAGUUCUGUCUUCAUUUCCUUCAGAGAGAUAUCCGCUUCAGUCUGUGUAAUGGAGCCAAUGUAACAAAAACACUGCACCACAGGGUCAGUGUUGAAAAGGUACCAGUUACAAACAUUACCGUUUUGUGUUGGGGGGAUGGGUGGACUGUUCACAGAUGAAUUUGAAUUCCAAACUUUGCAAACACACUGCUGGAAAUCUCUAUCCUUCGUGGUAAAUGAUCAGAAGACACUGGAAAUGAAUUCGUAAUUAGCACAUGAAGGGAUAAAAUUGAAGCAGAACCAUCCAACGAAGCUUCUUUUGUCAUCAAAGCUCUUCCGACACUCCAAGAACAGCUAAAAGAUGCCAGCUGCAGCUGUGGGUCAGAUUGUAUCACAUGUGUUCUUUUUACUGUUGUCAGUUGAACUUGUAGUCAUAUACCUAGAACGUUUAUAGUUAUACUUUGUGGUGUUUUUUUUUUCAAUUGUGCACUCGUAGUAAGUUUACUUGCAGAUUCACGUACCGUUUUUGUUUUGUUUUAAUUGUUUCAUUUGUAAUCAAAAUGGGAUCUGGGUUAAGCACAGUAGUUGACUGCCCGGAGGAAAGCACUUACAACAUCACAGAAGCGGAUGUUCCAUCACUCAUUUUUACACCUGUAGACAUUGCCAUGGCUGCAUAUGUCAUACCGAUAAUUCUGUGUCUUGGUGUCAUCACCAACUGCACGUUUCUCUUCAUGGUGUUCCGCGUUCCAAAAAUGAGAACGGAUACCAAUAUAUAUUUGUCAUUUUUGGCACUGGCAGAUCUGCUCUACCUUCACUGCACUGCGGUGUUCAAAAUCUGGCAGUACUGGGCGACCCCACUUAGAGAUCACCAGCCAUUUAAGAGUGAGGUCGAAUUGGCAGCUCUCUUUAUUGUUACUAACGCAGGCUACUAUGCAUCCACUUUGCUUGUGACUAUGGUAUCGGUGGAGAGAUACCUCGCAUUGUGCCAUCCCAUUAAACAUCUGAAAGUCCGUGGUCGGCGACGCACCUAUAGAUUCACAGCCAUAUGUUGGCUAGUGGGGAUAGUGUUGGCUGGUACUAUAUUGCCUCGUGUAGUACGCCUCCAUGUAAACUGCCUGCUAUGGCCAGACAAUGAAAAGUACGAUGGUUUCCCAUCAUCCAUGGCAUACCCUGGACCGGCCAAUGAUUGGGUAUGGUACUUAGUCGUACCCCUCACAAAUAUCACCUGGCUGAUUGUACUGAUCGCUAACGUGUAUAUGGAUAUUCGAAUCAUACGCGCGCUGAGCAAACGAAAAACCGACCACAGAGCAUCUCGUACUCGCAAUCAAGUCGCUAAAAUGCUGGUUGUGAACGGCGCUGUGUUUUUUAUCUGCCAGUCCACAUAUCCAAUCAUUGAUCUUAUUUACUGGAUCUCGGCGGUAGCGAGACUUGAACACAACCUUGAUGAAGCUAUUUUUCUAGAGUGGGUCUUUAUAACUCUGGAGCUGCUUAACACCGUUGUCAAUCCACUUAUCUAUGGUACGAUGAAUGCACAAUACCGCACUGCCUUUGUUCAGGCCUUCAGAUGCAAACGCCGAAAGCACAAAGACAGAUCUGUCAACUCGCAGUCUUUGGCAACAAUUACAGAAACCAGUACAGCAUGAAGAACAAGAAAUGGCUUGAAGUUGAAUUGAGCCCCAAAAGUCAGUUCUAUGAAACUGGAGGCUGUAAUAGUGGUAGUUAUACAAUUAGAACUGAAUAUAUAAAUGACUAUCUAACACAAUCAUUUUAAUUAAUCAAUCACUGUACAAAAUUACAAGAUAUUCGUCUCCAGAAAUGUUAUUCUUCUUGUAUUAAAUAAAUGUACCGGUAGAGUAGAUCACUUGUCCAUGUGUUUCAUUUGAAGCAACAAAUGUGCUCAAAAUCUAAAGACAGGUGCUUAACAACUAACCUGAUGGAAGUUUAAGC